AUGAAUUAUAAACUCCAUAGAAAGGGAAAUCAAAACCAGACAGAGAAAUUAACAUUUGACAUAGAGAUGGAGAAAGAUCCACCUCAUGUUCUCAUCUUUCCCAUUCCAGCCUUAGGCCAUGUCAACUCCAUGCUCAAGCUCGCCGAGCUCCUCAGCGUUGACGGCAUAAAAGUUACUUUUCUCAACUCAGAGUACAACCAUGACCGUCUUGUUCGUCACACUGAUGUUUGUUCCCGUUACACGCAACGUUUACCUGGGUUUCAAUUCAAGACUAUUACAGAUGGUCUUCCAAUGGACCACCCACGAACCGGAGAUCGAUCUGCGGACGUGUUACAUUCAGUGAAAUCAGUAACUCCUCCUCUUUUGAAAGAGAUGCUACUGAAUGAAAUUAAGCCGCCAGUGAAGUGCAUCAUAUCGGAUGGAAUUAUGAGCUCCGCUAUUGACGUAGCCAGGGACUUGGGAAUUCCGAUCAUUUAUUUUCGAACUAUUGGAGCUUGUGCUUUGUGGGCUUACUACUCUCUCGGUGAAGUCAUUGAUGCCGGCGAGCUUCCUAUCAAAGGUACUGAAGAUAUGGACCGCCAGAUAAAAAAUGUGCCUGGCAUGGAAACUUAUCUCCGGUGCCGCGAUCUUCCGAGCUUCUGUCGAGCUGACGAUCCCAUGGACAAAACCCUCCAACUCUUUAUGAGCGAGACUCGCUCAACCCCUCGAGCAGAUGGUCUCAUAUUGAACACAUUUGAGGACCUGGAAGGACCCAUACUGUCCCAAAUUCGCAGUAUAUGUCCAAACAUUUAUACCAUAGGACCCCUUAACGCUCACCUCAAAGCAAGAGUCCCGGAAAACACUUCCUUAAAACCCUCAAACAGUUUCUGGGAAGUGGACAGAAGCUGCAUCUCAUGGCUUAACGAACAACCUCUGCAAUCAGUUAUCUAUGUUAGCUUUGGUAGCAUUACAAUGCUCUCAAGAGAACAAUUGCUAGAGUUUUGGCAUGGUCUUAUGAAUAGUAACAAACGAUUCUUAUGGGUCAUUAGGCCUGAUUCCAUUUUGGGAAAAGAUGGAGAGAAUCAAAUUCCCGAGGAGCUCGUUGAGGCCACCAAGGAGAGAGGGUACAUGGUUGGCUGGGUUCCGCAAGAAGAGGUCUUGGCCCACGAGGCUGUUGCUAUGUUUUUGACUCACAAUGGAUGGAACUCAACUUUGGAGAGUACUGUGGCGGGAGUGCCCAUGUUAUGUUGGCCGUAUUUCGCUGAUCAGCAGGUGAAUAGUCGAUUUGUUGGCGAAGUGUGGAAAAUUGGGAUUGAUAUGAAGGAUGUGUGUGAUAGAAAGGUUGUUGAGAAGAUGGUUAAUGAACUGAUGAUGGAGAGGAAGGAUGAGUUCAAGAAAUCAAGCUCUGAGAUGGCUGAUUCUGCUAGAAAAAGUGUCAAUGAAGGUGGAUCCUCGUAUUGCAAUUUGGACCGCUUGAUAAAUGACAUUAGUUUGAUGAGCUCAAGAGCUCAUUCUUGCUGAAGUUUGGUUGCAAGAUGCAAGUAUCUGCUACCGCUAGCAUACACCAAGGUUGAAACUUUUUCAUUAAUCCAAUAAAACAAGAGGAGCAGAGUUGUUUAAUAAUAGUUAAUGUUUAGUUGAAUGAUUCCAAUCAUAUGAAGGUCGAUUUUCUCCGCUGUUUGUUUGAAGGCUUGUAGCCAGAGAUGGCAAUGGGCUCCAUAUUUUUUUUGGUACAAGUCGGGCUUUACCCGAUGUUUGUAGG